AUGGAACGAAUCGAGUCAGCAAUCACAUCAGCGAUUCGUCAUCGUCCCCUAAACGCGCUCAUCACGGAAACAUUCGAUUUGGCGAGGCAUCAAGCGAAAGAAGCGAUUAAAAGAGGACAAAAACCCUUUCCGCUCGUCGUCAAGGAUUGCUAUGCGUUGAAGGGUGUUCGAGCGACGUGUGCGAGCAAAAUGUUGAAAGACUACGUGCCACCAUACACGGCGACGAGCGUUCAACGAUUGAUCGACUCAGGCGGUUGUGUGAUCGGGAAGGGUAACAUGGACGAGUACUCGAUGGGCACCUCGUCGGCGCUCGGCCAUUUUGGGCCUGUUAAGAACGGCUUGUCAAAUCUCGAAAAAUUAGACGACGACUGGGUGGUUGCCGGCGGCUCAUCAGGUGGUCCGGCUGUGAGCGUGCAAAUGGGGAUUGCUGAUUGCUCAAUCGGCUCGGACACUGGCGGCUCGGUGCGAAAUCCGGCCGCGUUCACUGGCGUCUUUGGCUUCAAACCUACAUAUGGAACAAUCUCUCGCUACGGCUUAAUCCCGUUGGUGAACUCGUUGGAUGCGCCGUCGAUUUUCGCGCAAAGCGCCGAAGAAUGUUGGCGAUUUUUUGAAAUUGCCGCCGGUCGAGAUGCAAACGAUUCAACGUCUAUCGACCCAAAAACUUCGCUCCUAUCGAAAAAGCUUUCCGAUUUGGUCAUCGGGAUUCCAAAGGAAUAUCACAACGAGUCGCUCACCGACGAGGCGUGGCAACUGUGGAAUCGUGCGGCCAACAUUUUGACGCGACUCGGCGCCAAAGUCCGGACGGUUUCCCUGCCACUCACAAAGUACUCGCUCAUCUGUUAUCACGUAGCUUCCGGUGGAGACAUUGCGUCGAAUAUGGCAAGAUACGACAGUGUUGCCUACGGUCAUCGCUCCUCGAAUAACCAAUCGACGUUCGAGUUAUACUCGUCGUCGAGAACCGAAUCGUUGAACUCUGUGGUGAAGAAGAGGAUUCAUUUCGGGAACUAUUUCCUGAUGAAAAAACAUCGAAAGGAGUACUUUGAGCGCGCAUUGAAAGUUCGACGUUUGAUUGCCGAAGAAAUGUGGAAAGCGUUUAAAGAGGUUGACCUCUUGCUGACACCGACGGCGUGCGGAGUGGCGCCCCUCUUCUCGCAACUGCAUGGCGAGAAUUUCGCGCGUGAGAGUGACGACGAUUUUUACACGCAACCCGUCAACAUGGCAGGUGUGCCGGCCGUUUCGAUUCCAUUGGGUACUAGUCCUUCAUCGAAUCUCCCGUUAUCCGUUCAACUCAUCGGCGACCGUUUGCAAGAUCGACUCGUUUUGGAAGUAGCCGAACAACUGUACAAAGCUAGA